AUAGUUGAUAGUGUUGUUACUGUCAAAUUUUGAAUCUUAAAUAAAAUAUGUGUUAUUAAUAUUUGUAUUACACGAGUCACCGGCCAAUAAAUGGCGAUUUUUAAAUAAAUUUUGUUUGUUUGUACUAUUGAGUUACACAACAGUCCUUUAUUACAAUUUAAAGACGGUGAAAUAAACCAUUAUCAUAUAAUUGUGUAAACAAACUAUGGCAAUGACGAAAUCAAUAAUUGAUACAACUGUUGCUGGUAAAGAAAAUUCAGACGAACUGACUCUUUUAAUUAGACUAUUCAAGUCUCUAUUUUGUAUACAACCAAUUAUUGAAAAUAAUGCUGAGGUUAUUAGUAUAAUUAAUACUACACAAGAACUAAUUAUAAAAAAAGGCAUGAUUGAUCCAGAAUCUCAAAAAUCUUUAACCAGCUUUUAUGAAACAGCUGAUCUAGAAACUAUUAGAGAAGAAGAAACACUUAGAAAAAUGUUAGAAAUAAUAUAUGAAAUACGAAACAUAAGACAUCAAAAAAUUAAGUCACUUCUGCAGUCUCAACGAAGUUCGACAUUUCUUAAAUUGUUACAAGUAACAGCAAUGAGAAUACCAGUGUGGUUUCCAAAACAUGAUGAACAACCACCUCCAUUGUGUGGUGCUAUUGAGCCACUUCCUUCAUAUGUUGCAAAAAGUGGGGAUUUGGUGGCAGCGCUUGUUAAACAAUCUGGAGAAGAGCGAUGGAUUGUAGCAGAAGCAGUUGCAUUUAAAAAUGGAAAAUAUGAAGUAGAAGAUAUUGAUGUGAAAGAAACUAACCGUAAUUUUACAUUAGAAAAAAUAUAUGUAAAGCCAUUACCUCUAAUGAGAGCUGAUCCAGUCACUUGUCCGGAUGCAUUCUUUCCCUGUAAUGAAUUCGUUUUAGCAAUGUAUCCACAAACCACUUGUUUUUUCAAAGCUCUAGUGAAAGCUUCACCUAAAACAAGUUAUGAUGGAUAUGAAGUUUUAUUUGAAGAUGAUUUCAAUCAAUAUACCAUAAUGAUGGUUGUAUCCCAAAGAUUUGUAGUUUCAUAUCCAUCACUAGAAAUCCUUCAUAAAGAUGACGAGAUGAUAGUAGAAUAUUAAUUUUAUAUAAUAUUAGCUUAUCAAUCUAACUAAAAUAAAAUCUAU